AUGAAGUGGUUUGCGUUUAUAAUAUUGUUGCCGGCAUGUUUUGCACAUCUCAAUGUUUAUUUGAGUAGUGCUGAAGUAUGGAGACUUCUAGGUUUAACAGCAGAACUAUUCUACGUCCGUGAUGGCCAAAUCAACUUCUACGCGUUAAACUUCGUGGUGCCUGUACCAGCGACUAUCAGCGAUUUACACUUCACUUGGCAAAGCCUGACCAGACGACCGUUACCAUAUACUCUGCACGUGGAUGUUGUUGAAAAUGCACAAGCAUUACACACACCGACAUUUAAUAUAUCAAGCGAAGGUUUUGUACCGACUGAACCACAAACAUGGCGAGUGGAUCUACCCUGUGUUGGCAACAUAGCAGCCGAAGUAGACGUCACCAUAUCAUUGAAUGUAUCUAUUGGUUCCUCAUCCACUGCUCUUCAUUUCCGAAGACGGAAGAUAUGCCUCAAAGAAUCUCCUAAACCGGCUGUGAGAGUGGACAGCGUACCCCACGCUCCUACUUCCGCUGAUAUAUUUUACGCUGGUGCUGGAUGUGCUGGUGCCGCUUUGCUGAUAGCUGCAGUAGCAGCAGCAGCAUGUAAGGCGAGGGCACGGAAACUUCGCAGAGCUCGAAGUGACGAACAGGACGCUCACGCGUUCUUGCCCGACUCAUCAUGCAAAUCUGCCGCUAGUUAUACAAGCUACCGAAGACCCACUUCAAUACCAGCGACAGCCGCCGAGGAGAGGGCGAGGGAUCUACAGCAGAGAAUUGCUGAACUCACAAUACAGAGAUGUCGUGUGAGAUUACGUUCCGUGGCUAUGGAAGGAACAUUCGGCAGGGUCUAUAGAGGAACGUACGCUGACGAAGAGGCAAGAGAACAAGAGGUCCUUGUAAAGACUGUCGCUGAACACGCAUCGCAAGUACAGAUAUCACUUUUGCUGCACGAAGGUUGUAUGCUGUACGGGCUUCAUCAUGAACGUGUACUGUCUGUACUCGGUGUGAGUAUCGAGGAUCAAACCGCUCCAUUUCUACUUUACCCCUGGAGUGCUGGUUGGAAGAAUCUGAAACAGUUCCUACUCUCGUGUCGUGGAGUGAAUAUGGGAGUAGCCUCGGGAGGGCCGCCACCUCCACCUUUGACAACACAACACGUCGUCAGAAUGGCUUUACAUGCUCUGGAUGGCUUACUAUACUUGCAUACUCAACAGGUGCUACAUAAAGAUAUAGCUGCAAGGAAUUGCAUAGUGGAUGAGAACCUUCGUGUUAUGAUCGCGGAUAACGCGUUGUCGCGGGAUCUCUUCCCGGCGGAUUACCAUUGUUUGGGUGACAAUGAGAAUAGGCCGAUUAAAUGGCUGGCUUUGGAAGCGUUGGCCAAGAAACAGUUUAGUCCGUCAGCGGAUGUGUGGGCGCUGGGGGUGUUGAUGUGGGAGUUGACGACGCUGGCUCAUCAACCUUACGCUGAAGUAGACCCGUUUGAAGUCGCCGCCUACUUGAGAGAUGGUUACCGGUUGCAGCAACCAGCGAAUUGUCCCGAUGAAUUGUUUGCAGUGAUGGCGUAUUGCUGGGCCAUGUCGCCCGACGAUCGACCUACUCUCCCUCAACUGCAGAUAUUCCUUCGGGACUUUCACACACAGCUGACCAGAUUCGUCUAA